AUUUGUUGACUUGUUUAGUCUGCUGGCGUCCUUUGCGGUUUGGUGCGCGGACUUCGAACGUCUUUCCUGAUUUUAUUCGCAAUCAGUGCGCGCCCCCGCUAAUAAUCACAACACAUUAUGGCGUUGCAGCCGCACAGCAAGAAGCGCGUCUGCUAUUAUUACGACAGUGAUAUUGGCAACUAUUACUAUGGGCAGGGACAUCCCAUGAAACCGCACCGCAUACGCAUGACUCAUAAUUUACUGCUCAACUAUGGGUUGUACAGAAAGAUGGAGAUAUACCGUCCACACAAAGCUACCGCGGACGAAAUGACAAAGUUCCACUCGGACGACUACAUCCGAUUCCUACGGUCCAUCCGACCAGAUAACAUGUCUGAAUAUAACAAACAAAUGCAACGGUUUAAUGUUGGUGAAGAUUGUCCCGUCUUUGAUGGACUGUAUGAGUUUUGCCAACUGUCCGCGGGCGGUUCAGUUGCUGCGGCUGUGAAACUGAAUAAGCAAGCGUCUGAAAUUUGUAUCAAUUGGGGUGGUGGUCUGCAUCACGCUAAGAAAUCAGAAGCAUCCGGAUUCUGCUAUGUUAAUGACAUUGUCCUGGGCAUUCUUGAAUUGUUGAAAUAUCACCAAAGAGUAUUAUACAUUGAUAUCGACGUGCAUCAUGGCGAUGGUGUCGAGGAAGCUUUCUACACCACUGAUCGUGUUAUGACCGUCUCUUUCCACAAGUAUGGUGAAUACUUUCCGGGAACAGGUGACUUGCGUGAUAUUGGUGCAGGCAAGGGCAAAUACUACGCUGUGAACAUUCCUCUACGCGAUGGUAUGGACGACGAAUCGUACGAAAGCAUCUUCGUGCCAAUCAUUAGCAAAGUUAUGGAAACUUUCCAGCCCAGCGCUGUGGUACUUCAAUGCGGCGCUGAUUCUUUAACCGGCGAUCGUUUGGGUUGCUUCAAUCUGACAGUCCGUGGACAUGGUAAAUGUGUGGAGUUUGUUAAGAAGUACGGCCUUCCAUUUAUGAUGGUCGGUGGCGGUGGUUACACGAUUCGUAAUGUUUCGCGUGCGUGGACCUACGAAACAUCUGUAGCACUAGGCGUAGAAAUCGCUAAUGAACUGCCUUACAACGACUACUUUGAAUAUUUCGGUCCGGACUUCAAGUUACACAUCAGCCCGAGCAACAUGGCCAAUCAAAACACGACAGAAUAUUUGGAGAAGAUCAAAACGCGUCUGUUUGAGAAUCUGAGAAUGUUACCGCAUGCGCCCGGCGUGCAAGUUCAAGCAAUUCCCGAGGAUGCUAUCAAUGAAGAUUCCGACACUGAAGACAAGGUCGACAAAGAUGAGAGGCUACCGCAGAAGGAUCUGGACAAACGCAUCGUACCAGAAAACGAAUUCUCGGACAGUGAAGAUGAAGGCGAAGGUGGCAGGAGAGACAACAGGAGUUACAAGGGUAGAAAACGUCCACGGUUAGAUAAGGGCGAGAACAAGGAGAGUGCGACUGAAGAAAAAGCAAAAGAAGAGGUUAAAGUAGAGAAAGGCGAAGAAAAAGAAGAUGUUAAACCCGCAGCCACCGACGAAGCAAAGAAAGACACGGGACCAACACCGUGACACAACCAAUUACAUUCUAAGUACAAGUGACAUUAAUUUGUUCACUUAUCAAUAAAUCAAUCCGAGAUCGAGUUACAGGCGUGAAAUGAACCCGACCGUGCGGUAUCUUAUCAAAAACAUUUGAAUUAAACAAACAAAUCGAAACUGUGAAUGAAUUUGAACCCGGCCACGAUAUUGUUCAAACCGAUUGUGCUGACAUUUAACGCAAUUACAUACAACAUCAGUUAGAAGCACGGAAUGAAAAGACUAUCCUUCAAUUGAUUUCAAUAAUUUUAUCCUUGACUGUUAACUCGUCGCGAUAUUUAAUUGUGCUGUAAGAAAGUUUAAUUUAUAACAAUAUCGAUGUUUGAACAGUUUUAUCAAAUAAAUCCAUGAAUACAUAAUUCAUUGUAAUGUGCAUCUGGCACAGAAAUUGUUUUGUGUAUCUGAUGUGAAAUAUGACUGCAAGGAAGGGCUUUAUUGUGAGAAGCACAAGUGUUACUUCUAUACAGAAAAAUACUUCUUCCUCCGAACAUUGUUCAAUAUUAUUUUUAUAUGUCUAUCUAAUGUUAGUGAUACUUAUCUAAAAUUAAUUAAGUUAUUCUCAAACUAGACUAGGAAGUAGGCAGUUCUGGAUGGAAUGCAACAGACAACCACAGAAAUAAACUAUUUCUUAUAUUAAA